GAUAAAAGAUAAUCAAUCUCAGCGCGGAAAUACCGGAGGUUUAUGAUGUCUUCCGAAGAAAAGAGUUUCUCGGCUCAUAUCAGGUUCUACGGCUUAUGCGUCUGCAAGACGUCUGGAUUUGGCAUCUUCAGACCUUGAAUUUACAAGUCAGUGGUCCAUGACGCGCACGCGUAUCAGGCGGGCCGAUGAAGCGCGUAUUUAAGUCAGGUUCAUGAGACCGGUAUGAGUCUAGGACACAAUGGUUCGAACCUUUGCAUCCCUUCUACUCCCCAUUAGCGCCUUCUUGUCUGCGGCUGUAGGUCAAACUGGCCUUGCACCCAAACAAUAUCUAUCUCUUCCUUUAGGAAGUAUUAGACCAACAGGAUGGUUGUACGAUCAGCUCAUUGUUCAGACCAACGGGCUUGCAGGCCACGAGCACGAAUUCUACGAUUAUGUUUCUGAAACCGAUUGGAUGGGUGGUCCUUCGUACUAUUCCAGUUUGGAAGAAGCUGGUAGUUACUGGUUCAAUGCAAUGGUGCCCAAUGGUAUUUUGGCAAACAACUCGGGCAUCAUUCAAAGAACGCAGGAGUUCCUCGAUUACGUCUUAGCUCAUCAGGACUCCACUGGUUGGAUGGGUCCGGAGGUCAACACAACGAAACCGAGAUAUUUGUGGGGAAGAUAUCCAUUCAUGUUCGGUGCUAUUCAGAUGGUGGAAUACAACCCUGAUCUUACUGAUCAAGUCGUCGAUGCGUUUUACAAGUUUGUCACUCUUGCUAACCAGAUGCUUCACAAUGGCGAAGGGGUGGAGGCCUGGACUCAAACGCGUUGGGAAGAUUUCGUCAUGACCUUGCAAUGGUUAUAUGAUUUCCAUCCGAAUGGAAACGAAGCUCUUUUGAUUGAUACGAUGGAACAACUCAAGUAUACGGGUGUUCCAUGGGAGGAAGUCUUCGAAGCUCAGUACUUCCCGACCACACCUACGGAUGAUCUUCCCAACCCUCUAGGAUAUGUUCUAUCGUGGCAUGGUGUGAAUAUGGCUGAAGGAUUAAAAGCGUUACCUGCCACUUAUCGAUUCACUCAUAAUCAAUCUGAUCUCAACAGAGCAAGUGAGGGUUGGGAUUUACUUUUCCAAUAUCAUGGACGACCAUCUGGAAUUUAUGCCGCGGACGAGUAUCUAGCUGGACUGGAAGCUGCGAGAGGCACUGAGCUGUGCUUAGUCGUGGAAACAAUGUUCUCAGGAUCAUAUCUGUAUCAAGUCAUUGGAGAUCCUAAAUAUGUAGACCGGGUCGAGCGGAUUGCUUAUAAUGCCCUCCCAGCGGAAUUAACCGGAGACUUCUGGUCCCGACAAUAUCUACAACAACAGAAUCAAAUCGCCGCCAAAAAUAUGACUCCGAAUCCAUUCCCUAAUGAUGGGCCAUAUUCCAACGUAUUUGGAUUAGAACCAAAUUAUCCGUGCUGUACCGUGAAUCACCCUCAAGGGUGGCCAAAGUUCAUCACCAACGCCUUUGUAACCACUGCAGAUCAAAGUUCUCUUGCUCAGGUUUAUCUUGGACCUUUCCAGACGAAAACAACUCUUGCUGCGGAGAACCCCGUCACUGUAAUGGUAAAUACCAUCUAUCCAUUCAGUGAUACGUUGAAUACCACUAUCACCGCUGCGAAAGCCUUCACAUACUACGUCCGCAUACCCAGCUGGGUUGUAAACGGCACAAUAUCAAUCAAUGGUGGUACACCGUCCCCAGUCUCACCUACUAAUGGUCUUCAAGCAGUACAAGUUGAGGCGGGGACUACCACAUUCAUGUUAGAUCUUCCAGCCGAAAUUACGACAGAAAAUCGCCCUCACGGAUCUAUUGCUGUUCAUAGAGGACCUCUCCAUUACGCAUUUGACAUUCCACGGACCUCCAAAAUCCUGAUGCAGAACGGAGAGCAACCUCUUGCGAAAGAUCUUGAAUUUGAUGCAUCUACGGCAUGGGAAUAUGCUAUUGACCCAUCUACGCUUCAAUUCGUCAACAAGCCACCCGCAUCCGGAACACUUCCAUCACCAGUAUUCGAUUCGGGACUGCCGCCAUUGUCGAUGACGGUGACUGCUUGUCCGAUUGAUUGGCCUGUAGCUGGUUCCACUUUUGCCGCUUCCCCACCGACAAAGCCUACCUGCACCGGGGCGCAAAAGACGAUCACUCUUACCCCCUACGGAGCAACCAAAUUACGGAUUGGUGAAUUCCCGGUAUUCACUGCAAAGUGAAGGAAUACGUCUGAUCUGUACUGUGCUUACCAAGCCGAACUUAUGAUUCGGACGUGAUUGUGUGCUGUGUACUGUAUCUUUCCCUCAAUCACCUGCUAUACAUCGAGAUGUCUACACCUGGUUUUGGA